CGCGCGCCCACCUCGGCCCCAGCGGAUUGGCCCGCUGCCGCGUGAUGUCACCCCCUGGCUAUGGCUGCGCAUGCGCUACGUCCGCCACGGUGGGGGGGGCAGGGAGCGCGCGGGGCGCCUCCGCCUUUCGUUUCCCCACUCGAAGUUAAGGGGAAGAGGCCAGCUAUGGUUGAAAACUCUCCAGCCCCAUUGCCAGAAAGGGCAAUAUAUGGAUUUGCUCUUUUUUUAGGAUCAUGGUUUAGCUUUAUAUUGUAUCUUAUCUGGGCGUAUAUUCCUGAAUCUUGGCUGUUCUCGUUGGGACUAACAUACUGGCCUCAAAAGUACUGGGCGGUUGCUUUGCCAACAUACCUACUAGUCACCAUAGGAAUUGGUUAUAUAUUACUUUUUGGUAUUAACAUGAUGAGUACAGCUCCACUUAACUCCACAGAUACGGUGACAGAUAACUAUGCAAAAAAGCAGCAACAGAAGACAUUUCAAGAAGAAGCAAUUCCAGCAUUGAGGGAUAUUCCCAUCAGUGAAGUAAACCGAAUGUUUUUCCUUCCUGAAAAAGGAAUCUGCAAUAGCAGGUAGUUGUUAUUAAGAUCUGUUUGAAUAAAUGAUUAGUAGAAAUAUUACAUAAGGAAAAACAAAACCGCUCCAAGCUAAAAAACUUCUGUGCUUGUAGAACAAAGCUUGCUUUUUCUUUGUUUCUUUUUUUUUCCCCCUGAACUUGUAAAUAAAUUUGCAUUAACACAAUUGAUUGAGAUGACUUUUUUUUUAUUAUUAUGUAUGUGCCUUAAUAACCUGCAUUGGUAUGAGAAUUAUGCCAUGUUGUUUUAUCGAACCAUUCUUGCGAGUUUAAAAUAGCAUUCUGUUGCUGGUAGAUUUCUGCUUUUUAUAUCCCUCUUAUAGUGAAAAAAAUAUCAUUUGGGCAUACCUUAAUUCUAUUUCCCAUUGAAUUCGGGGAGAGAAAAUGUGUACUGCUAGUCAAACGCUUGAGGCUUUUUUUUUUUAUAUGCAUUAAGUUCAUUUGAAAUGUUUACAUUGUAAAUAUACAGUUGUCAUUUGUAACUAUUAAUUAAAUGUGGUUAAUUUUUACAUUACAUUUUACAUUAAAUUUUAAAGUUAGCAGUUUUUCUGUGGUUCUACAGUAUUUCUCCUUGGUAAAGGUACAUAGUGGUCCAUUUUUCUUUACACAAUUCUUUGCUCAGCAAAGUAUGGUGAUUUUUUUUUCCUUUCCCAAAUUGGUGGGCUUAUUAAAAUACCAGGAUUACCAGAAAUAAAGGGAGUGGAUUGUGAAGAUUUUAUGAAACAAGUCUUGAAAUUUCUUUAUUUAACCAUUCUUAAACAUAUUAGAAAUCAGGUUCAAUGAAAUUUCUGGAAAUAAAUGGAUCCACAAGUCCAUCUUAUUAUAGUCCAGAUUAUAGCACAAAGCACAGUAACUUCUUACAGCAAUGGUUCACAUGUUUCUUAAACAUCGAAUUUUCUUUCAUGUAUGUAUUAAUAAGCAGAGAGACAACUUCUACUUCCUUUGUUCCAAGAGUCACAAACAAAGUUAUUUUUUGUUUUAAGCCAUUUGUCUUCAGUAGUCAAGGUUAUUUAGUCUGAUUAUAAAGACCAGAGCCUCAUUAUUGUUUGUUAGGUCUAUAAGCUGAGUUCUGACCAGCAGAGAAUUUAAUUAAAAACAUCACUAUUCAUUAAAUGGUAAUAUUUUAAAAAAAAAAAAUGUGUGAAGAAUCUUAUGGCAAUCCUUUAGAAAUCGGUCAAAACAACCAUCUGUUGCUGUGGGAAGCCUUGAGCUGGUAACAGUCAAUCUGAUACAAAUGUGAAAUCUGUAGUUUCUUGUUCCUCUGAUCUUCAGUAGUUUGCUCUUUUUUCCACCUGCAUUUGAAGGCAAAAAUACCUGAGAUGCUAUGGCUAGGAGAAAAAUACCUUUGUAAUGAAGGACAAAAUGUUUUUCAAUGUUACACUCUGAAAUAGUAUAUUGUUGUGUGGGGCCACUUCUUAAGAAUGAGUAUUUUUACCUAAGCCUGGUGACUGUAAAUUAGUAUGAUGUUUAUUUGUUUGAUAGCUGUAGAAUUCUUUGUGAAUUUUUAGUUUUUAGCUUGCCCCAGUUUGCUAUGAUUUACCCCUCCUGCUAUGAUUUUACCCUUCUAUUAAUUUUAGUUUAUGUGUUCAAACACGCAUGCAUAGGGUGAAUUCAAAAUUUUGUGGUCAACAGACGUGAAGAUGUAUUCAUUCUUUUGUCAGUUCACUAAUUGCAUAGACAUUGAAGUAUUGUCUGUAAUCUUUUUUUGUCUGUGUAAUUUCUGCCUGUGUUCUGUGUUCCUUUUGCUUUCUGAAAAAGCAAUUUCAUUUUUAAUUCUAAAUUGACAAUGAGUGAAGGCCACAUUUCUGGUAUGAUUGAUGCAAGGAUUAAUUUAGUCCCUGUUAAGAAGACCCAAAUCCCUUCAGGCUAAAGAAAAGCUACUGGAAAAUAUCCUCAAGCCCUGAAAGCACACAAAUGAAAGGACUGUAAACCUUGGACAAAGAUGGUAUCAGUGAUGAAUCUGCCAUUUUGUUUAACUGCAGACCUCACAAUUAUGGGAAAACUAACAGAGGUACCUAAGUGAACAGCCAAACUGGGGCCAUUUGUUUAAGUAAAACUUGCAGGCAUGAAACUCAAUCUUUACUUUUCUGUCACUACUGCGUAGUGGUGCUUCAAAGACACCGCACUGACCUUUUCUUCAACUUGGGAGUAAUGUUUGACACUUCAGAAAUUGCCUCUGUGAUCAAAAUAAGACCAGAUAAUGCAGUGUAUGUCGGCUAAUCAAUACAUUGUAGGGAAUUGCAGGUGUUCGGGAUCCAUCGUUGCACAGUCUUGCCUAUGACUGUGAUUAAGGAAAAGAUAUGCAGCUCUGCCAACAAAAAGAAAAGAGAUUCUGCCUUUUGUAAAUAUAGAGCACGCUUAUAGGUGUUUGGUGGGAUUUAUAUUGAUUUUGCCUUAGAUAUUGUUAAGGAAAAAGAAACCUGAAAUGAUUGAACUGUGUUGCAAGUAGUGCCUUUCUUUACAAAACAUACUUGUUCAAAGACUGGAUAUCGGGUAUCCAUUCUUCUUGAGAGAAGGCGGAAAAAAAAAAAAAGAUUUGCCCUCAUUUUCACCUUUCUGAGUUAUUGAUGUUUUGUUGUAGCACAACCAUAGGGUUAGACCAACUGCUUUGUCCUUGCUGAAAAAAAAAAACAAAUGGUGAAACUUCAGCCUAGCUUUUUAAUGUACCUUUUGAGAUUCUUCCGCAGUUCUUGUCAUACUGGAGACUGAUAGUAUUUUACACAUCUUGUUAUAAUCUUAGUCUUGUAACAGAUUUCUCUCCCCCCCCCCCCCCCAAACGUGUUUGAAUGAGUGUGUGCAUAAACAUGUCAUACAAAAAUAACAAGGUGCACUAUUUCAAAUAAAAGG